AUGGCCCCGACCGCUCGGGGGGUCUUCCGGGGCUUCGCGCUCCGACGCAUCCCCCAGAAGGCCGAUUCGUCGGCAAACACCGGCAAGAGGGGGAGGGACGAUUCUCCGCCUGCCACACCGAGCAAGAAGGCGCGCACAGACGCCGGCUGCGGCGCCGACUCGGCUGGCACAGUGGCCAGUGGCGUCGCGCCCGCAUCUGCUGGUGACCCAGCCCCAACGGAGGUGGCGCCGGCAACAGGCGACGCUCCGCCCGCAACAGGCUUCUCGGCGACACCUGCCGAGGCGGAGGAGGAGGGGAAGACUCUCCCCGCAACCCCAGUGGCCCCGCAAGGCCCAAGCGCGCCCGCACCGGAAGUGGGCGCUACGGUGGUUGACCUCGACUCCGACGUCGAGGUUACGGGGAUGGCGGAGGAGCCGGAGGCAGCCCCCACGCCAAGCCCUGCUGCGCCGGCCGCAGCGGCAGCGGCGACCGCCGCCGCCACCGGGACGGCGUCCGGCGACGCGCCAGCGGAAGCCUUGGAGGAUGCGGCCACACCGGUCGUCCCAGAAGAGGAGCUCCACCGGCAACUGGAGGCUCAGCGCGCCGAGCUCCAGGAAGCUCUAGAUUCGCUGGUGGCGGCUCAGGCGGAAACCAAGAAGGAGCACGCUGAGGUGCUCGCUGCGGCGCAGGCUCGGAUCAACGAGAAGAGUGACUUGAUCGCCAACUAUCUCGGUGAGAUCCAAGGCCUGCGCAUCAAGUUGGAGGCGCAGACCGGGGCCACCGAAAGUGCGGUGGACGCGUCAGCCCGGCACAAGAUCCAGCUCAACGCUGCCAAGGACAAAGUGGCCCGGCUCGAGACCGAGCGGGCCACUGUCCAGGAGGAGCUCGCCAAGGCCGGCGAGGACAACACAACCCAGGCAGCGGAGCUCGCGUCGCCGGCGAGCCACCUUCGCAAGGCCCAGAAGGCCGCGCACGACGCCCGGCUCCACCACGGCACGCUGACCGGGCAACGGCAGCUGGAGACCGAGAAGCUGCUCAAGAUCGCCCAUGCGCUACCUUUUUAG